AUUUUCUAGUAGCUAUUCUUAUCUAAUGAUAGUAGUUCUCAUCUCAAAAGAUUACUCUUUAUUUUUAACGCGAAAGUUAAAUGAAAUGGUAAGAUUGAACUGGCAUUGUGAGAUAUGGUCUAGUGCCCAAACUUAUUAGUUUGGUCAAUAACAUUUUUUUCCCUUAGUUUUCUUUUUUAAAAAAAAUCAUAUUUAUGUUCUGGUUUUCAAGACUGAUAGUUGGCGGUUUCUUCGAAAGGAAUAGUAUGAAGUAGAUUUUGUAAUAAAGUGGACAAGUCGUCCCUCCAUAUAUUUGUGCCCAUGUCUAUGAAUUGAGAGUAUUCUUGACUAUUUCUCUUCCUUAAUUCUCUCCUUCUCUCUCUGACAAACAAAAACAGGGGAAGAGAAAGAAAACACCGUAAUCAGAUCUGAACACACAUUGUUCUUUCUGAUCGAUUCAAAAAAAAAAGGGGUUAAUUUAAAGAGGGGUUUAAUUGGAAUUCGGAAGAGGAUGGCAGUGGUAUCACCUUUAGCUAAAUAUAAAUUGGUGUUCUUGGGUGAUCAAUCCGUUGGGAAAACCAGUAUCAUCACCCGUUUCAUGUACGAUAAAUUUGAUACCACUUAUCAGGCUACGAUUGGAAUUGACUUUUUGUCGAAGACGAUGUAUCUUGAAGAUCGAACAGUACGCCUGCAGCUGUGGGAUACAGCUGGUCAAGAGAGGUUUAGAAGUCUUAUACCAAGCUACAUCAGAGAUUCUUCUGUUGCUGUGGUAGUCUAUGAUGUAGCCAAUCGUCAAUCGUUUUUGAAUACCUCUAAGUGGAUUGAAGAAGUACGGACAGAAAGAGGCACUGAUGUUAUUAUUGUUCUUGUUGGCAACAAAACUGAUCUGGUUGAUAAAAGGCAAGUCUCAAUAGAAGAAGGAGAUGGAAAGGCUCGUGAGGUCGGUGUCAUGUUCAUAGAGACCAGUGCUAAAGCAGGCUUCAAUAUAAAGCCAUUAUUUCGGAAGAUUGCUGCUGCCUUGCCAGGGAUGGAUACACUUUCAUCAACAAGUCAACAAGACAUGGUUGAUGUAGUUUUGAAGCCAACGUCAAAUCCGUCACAAUCAGAGCAGCAAGGAGGAGGUUGUGCAUGCUAGAUUUAUUAUCUUGAGUAGAAACAACUCGGAAAAUAUCAAACCAUAUUUAUGAAUGUGGAAAUUGAAGUAAUAUCAAAAUACGCAGGCUAUUGUUGUUCUCUUUUUGUUGAUUUGAAAGAGGGAGGUUGGCCGCCACUUUUUUACCUUGAAGCAGAUUUAUAUAAACUAGGAGGAAAACGUCGGCAUGCUAUUACUGUAUUGUCCAAUUUCUCUGAUACCACUUUCUUUUGUUAAUAUCAUGUUGAUUAAUGUGUAGGUUUUAGGACCUCAAUAUCCGAUGCAUAAACUCUAUAAUUGCAAGAAAAUUUUUUUGAGCAGAUUCCAAGUUCAAAG